UCCAGGGUCUCUGAGACCUCGCGUUAUUAGCUUAUACCCGCAGCGCUUCGGUUCGGUUCGCCUCCUCCCAACAACAGGUGUAAAGGAGCGGCUGGAUGAACAGACAGAAAUCGAGGACAAGAGAAUAUAACCAGAGGAUAUUUGCAAACAGUUGUAAUCGUAAAGAAGUAGGUUACAUGUCCUGCAAGAUUGACGGAGUUCACUUCAUCGUCUUUCUAUGCGCGCUGCGCACGCUUUCCAUCCUGUCUGCCCCAGUUUUCUGCGCUAUAGGCUGCACCAUUUCUAUCUCUUUCUAACGGAAAAAGAGAAGAGAUUAUGAAGAAAAACAACUGUGCUCUGUUAAUGGAUGUCCUCCACUCACACGGAAUAAUGGAAUAAAGUAGGAUAUAAGCUACUCUGAAGAUAAAAACAUAUGCAUUUAUCAUCAAGGAUUCGACGAUGUGAAGUCCUCUUAUAGAACACGGAUUGUUCUAGGUUAUUCGUUUAGUACCUAAAUACGGAAUACAAACAUAGUUAUUUUUUUUGUUUUGUUUUGAAAACCAGUUGUUGCAUCCCCUAAACGCGGAAUAGCCUGGAGAGAAGAGGCAUCUUUCUAUGUGGGAUCAAUUGAUAUAUCCCUAAACAUCCACGGCGAAAUUCUGUGAUGCCCUAGCUACAGCAGGACCCACAACAGCACCUGCCGUAAAAGCUGAGUUGAGGUGAGGUGAGAUGUCUCAGCUGUACUACCGGCGGACAGACAGCUCUUCGUACCGGGACCGUAUCCCUCUGCGGAUCGUCCGGUCUGAGUCGGAGCUGUCUUCCCUGGAGAAGGCCUAUCUGGGAACCGUGGAGAAGGGAGACUACGGCAGCGUCAAACAGGCUCUGGAGGAGGCCGAGAUCUACUUCAAGAUUAACAUUAACUGUAUAGACCCGUUAGGCCGCACAGCUCUGCUGAUCGCCAUCGAGAAUGAGAACCUGGAGAUCAUAGAACUACUGCUGAGCUUUAAUGUGUAUGUCGGAGAUGCACUGCUGCACGCCAUCCGCAAAGAGGUGGUGGGGGCCGUGGAACUGCUUCUCAACCACAAGAAAUCCAGCGGAGGCAUGCAGGUUCCUCCGAUCCUAUUGGACAAGCAGUUCUCUGACUUCACUCCUGACAUCACCCCCAUCAUUCUGGCAGCUCACACCAACAACUAUGAGAUCAUCAAACUACUGGUGCAGAAAGGAGUGGCUGUUCCACAACCACACGAGGUGCGUUGUAACUGUGUGGAGUGUGUGUCCAGCUCGGAUGUGGACAGCCUUCGCCACUCCCGAUCCCGUCUCAACAUCUACCGAGCCCUGUCCAGCCCUUCCCUCAUCGCCCUCUCCAGUGAAGACCCCUUCCUCACAGCAUUCAGACUGAGCUGGGAACUACAGGAGCUUAGCAAGGUGGAGAAUGAGUUUAAGUCGGAGUAUGAGGAGUUAUCCCAACAGUGUAAGCAGUUUGCUAAAGACCUUCUGGAUCAGACCAGGAGCUCCAGAGAGCUGGAGAUGAUCCUGAACUACAGAGACGACAUCAACCUGCUGGAGGAGGAGGGAAACAACGACCUGGCUAGACUCAAACUGGCUAUUAAAUACCACCAGAAAGAGUUUGUAGCACAGCCCAAUUGUCAGCAGCUGCUGGCGUCUCGCUGGUACGAUGAGUUCCCAGGCUGGAGACGUCGUCACUGGGGAGGGAAGUUCCUCACCUGUGUCUUCCUCAGCCUCCUCUUCCCUGUCUUCUCCCUCUGCUACCUCAUAGCCCCGAAGAGCCGCUAUGGACUUUUCAUCAGGAAGCCCUUCAUCAAGUUUAUCUGCCACACAGCCUCCUACCUCACCUUUCUGUUCCUGCUCCUGCUGGCAUCACAGCAUAUAGUGACUACAGAACCGGACAGACAGGGGCCAGCACCUACUACUGUAGAAUGGAUGAUACUGCCCUGGGUACUGGGUUUUAUCUGGACAGAGAUCAAGCAGAUGUGGGAUGGAGGGUUGCAGGACUAUAUACAUGACUGGUGGAACCUCAUGGACUUUGUAAUGAACUCUCUGUACCUGGCUACCAUAUCACUGAAGAUAGUGGCCUAUACCAGGUACAGUGGCUGUAAGCCCAGGAACCAGUGGGAGAUGUGGCAUCCCACCCUGGUAGCUGAGGCUGUGUUUGCCAUUGCCAACAUCUUCAGUUCCCUUCGUCUCAUCUCCCUGUUCACAGCUAACUCCCACCUGGGACCUUUACAGAUCUCCCUGGGACGCAUGCUGCUGGACAUCCUCAAGUUCCUCUUCAUCUACUGUCUGGUGUUGCUGGCGUUCGCCAACGGUCUGAACCAGCUCUACUUCUACUACGAGACAAAGGCCUCAGACGAGAAUGGCAAGUGUAAAGGCAUCCGCUGUGUCGAGCAGAACAACGCUUUCUCCACGUUGUUUGAGACUCUCCAAUCUCUGUUCUGGUCUAUCUUCGGUCUGAUCAGUCUGUACGUGACUAACGUAGACGCGGACCAUCAGUUUACAGAGUUUGUAGGGGCCACCAUGUUUGGAACCUACAACAUAAUCUCCCUGGUGGUUCUACUGAACAUGCUGAUCGCCAUGAUGAACAAUUCCUAUCAACACAUCGCUGACCACGCAGACAUUGAGUGGAAGUUUGCAAGGACCAAGCUGUGGAUGAGUUACUUUGAGGAGGGGGGUACUCUACCUUCUCCCUUCAAUAUCGUACCCAGCCCCAAGUCAGUGUGGUACCUGGUGUGUUGGACCAAGAGACAUGUCUGUAAGAUGCCCCACUCCAAACCAACUGACACCUUCGGCACCCUGGGGACGAGAGCAGCAGAGAACCUGAGGAGAAACCGCCAGUACCAGGAGGUGUUGAGGAACCUGGUGAAGCGAUAUGUAGCAGCCAUGAUCAGAGAUGCUAAAACAGAAGAGGGGUUGACUGAGGAGAACUUUAAGGAGCUGAAGCAGGACAUCUCUAGUUUCCGAUACGAGGUGAUGGGGAUGAUGAAGACAGGUAAACCUGGUCUGGGAGGUCCGGGGGGUGUUGUUGGGGGGGGUUCGGGGGGUCUGGGGUUGGUGGAGGGCAGUCCUCCCUAGCCUAUGCUGACCGGUCCCUUAAGGUCCCCACCACCCCCCCCACAUCCAUUGGCCAGCUGAAGAACAACAAGAAGACACUGUUCACCGUAACCGCCUCCAUCAUCCAGCAGGGCGGCGCCACAGCCUCCUCUCCUCGGCUCCCAGACGCACUUGCCUUCAAAGGGCUGAGGCUGGCUAACGGCCUGGCCCCCCUGCCCGCCGAUGGUGGUUCCUCUGCAAGCUCCAGAGACAAGCAGGGUCAGAGGAAAGACUUCCCCAGGGACAUCACUGAUUUUGGGUUGUUCAGGAAACGCCAAAGGGGUGGAGCUACUGGGGUUGGGAAUAUAUACUCUGUGUCCGAGGAGAUGGGGGAGGCAGGGGAA